AUGAUCGACCUCUACCAGAGUCACACCAAGCGGCACACAGCCACACCAUAUACACUGGAGACCUUCUACCCCCCUCCAUACAGUGGUGUGCUGUACCUCGACAGGUCAGACGCAUCGGUUUUAAUCAUCGGACUUGACAACUUUUUCUAUCUUCUCCUCUGCAUCCUUCUCUUCCUGAGCAGCGUCUCACCGGGAGGCUGCUCUGCUCAGCGGGCUGAGGUCAUCCUAUCAGAGUUGUACUCUACAGGUUUCCAACGAUCCUUUUCAGAUGAUGAUGACAUGACAGUAAUUGCUGAUAGCGACGUUAUCUACGCCUUUCAGGCUCCGCCCCUCCAUAGUCGAGGAGGCUCCACCCCACACUCAGGGUAUCACCACAGCCUCCCCUCCUCCCCCUACACUUCCAAUGCAGGACCCGACGGGCAGAGGUUACCUUCUUCUGGCACCCUCUCCUCUGAAUACCUGAACGAGGGCGGCUCCACAAAGGUUCUCCUUGUCAUCUGCAACACAGCAGGAUCUGGCCAGCAGGCGGUCAGGUUUGGACCUCCAUUUCUCAUGCGUGAGGACAGGAGCAUCUCCUGGGACCAGCUGCAGCAGAGCAUCCUCAGCAAGCUGUAUUAUCUGAUGCUGAACGGAUCCCAGGCUCAGAAUGCUGGCAUGCUGUUCAAGAUUAGAGUAGUUGGAGGAUCGUCAAACUACAGCUACCUGUCCCCGCAGGACAGCAGGCCACUGUACCACACUGCUGUUGACAAAGCUCUGAAGUUCUGCGGCCCCGGAGGACCACCCCAUGUUAAGGUUGUCAUUGAGUGGGAGAACAAGAUCAAAGAAUGUCUCUUUGGCAGCAUCCAGGAGGAGGUGGUGAAGGAUGCAGAGAGUGUGAGGAACCAGAAGCAGCAGCACCUGCAGCAGCACAGCUGCACUUUAGACGAGUGCUUCCAGCUGUACACCAAAGAAGAGCAGCUUGCCCCGGAUGACGCCUGGAAGUGUCCCCACUGUAAGCAGCUUCAGCAGGGCAUGGUGAAGAUGAGCCUCUGGACUCUUCCUGACAUACUGAUCCUCCACCUCAAGCGCUUUCGACAGGUAGGCGAGCGGAGGAACAAGCUGUCCACCCUGGUCCGUUUCCCCCUCACUGGUUUGGACAUGGCCCCCCAUGUGGUGAAGAGGAGUCAGAGUAUGAAGAACCUGAACUUGGGGGCCUGGCCUCCUCCUUGGAAGCAGUCCUCAGGCCAACACCAACCUGACCUGACCCUCCCCCAGGACGCUCUGUACGACCUCUACGCUGUGUGUAACCAUCAUGGAGGAAUGCAUGGGGGACACUACACUGCCUACUGUAGGAACUCAGUGGACGGACAGUGGUACAGCUACGAUGACAGCAGCGUAGACUUGGUUCCUGAGGAAGAGGUUUGCACCAGAGGAGCGUACAUUCUUUUCUACCAGAGACGCAACCUCAUUCCUCCGUGGUCGGCCAGUUGCUCUGUCAGAGGGCUGGUGUGUGACAGGGGGCGUGGCUGGUAUUCUCCUGGCUGCAGAUGA